ACGCAGGCCACAGAGACGCUGAACCUGUUCUCCCAAAUUGCUGCCAACUUUAAAUGUUACAGUCACUUCAAGGAGUUUGCGUGCGCUGUGCUAACUCCACGGUGUAAUACAACAGGUGUACGUGUACCGCCGUGCAGGCAGAUGUGCGCAGACGCUGUGUCUUCCUGCCAGUAUUACCUCAGUUAUCUGAACGUCCAACUGCCGUUUGAUUGCAAUACCUUUCCUCACAGUAACGACUCUGAGGUCUGCUUUACUCACUAUCAGGUGCCGGGAGAAGAUACAGUUUGCCCCCCAGAGAAGUUCCAGUGCAGUGCCACAGAGUGUAUCCCCAUGCACCAUCGGUGUGACGGCUUCCCCAACUGUCUGGGAGACAAAGACGAGGAAAACUGCGAAAACUUCCAGUGUGUCGAGGGCCAGUUCGCAUGCGCAGAUGGAGUGAGCUGUCGCCCAAUCAUAUUCCAGUGUGAUCUCGAGGCCGACUGUCCUGACAGAAGCGACGAGCAGAACUGCAAUGAUACCUGUAACUCUUACCAAUUCCGCUGUAUGAAUGGGAAGUGUAUUAACAAAGACUGGACGUGCGACAAAUACAACGACUGCGGUGAUAGGUCGGACGAACUUGGCUGCGUUCCACACAACGUAACGUGCCCAGUGGAUCACUUCAAGUGCCUCCUUGGAGGUCUGGGCAUUGCGUAUCCCAGCAGCCCUUGCAUCCCCAGGAAACUCGUGUGUGACGACACCAAACACUGCGCAGACGGCACGGAUGAAAUCAACUGUCCCGAGAAAGAAACUGUGGUUGCAGCACCUAACUGUACAAACAACAUAAUAAUCCCGGAGUGCUCCGAUGUCAUUCCGUAUAAAACAACGUCCGUGACGACAGACAAGCAACGAGAACUGAUGGCGAAUGCUGAUUGGCCGUCAUUCAUGAAUCACGUGAACUCCACGUGCUACGAGGGGUCGCUGUUUGCGUCCUGCGUGACUAUGCUACCCAAGUGUGACAGUAACAAUUUCCCAGUGCCGCUUUGCAAACAUGUAUGCGAAGAUUUCAAGAGCAAUUGCCCCGCCAUCUUCAGAGCUCUUCCAGAGUUCGGCAAGCAACUGGACUGUGAGGCACUCCCAGUGUACGGCAGAGGACUGGACUGCCUGUACGGGGAUAUGAUUCCGCCAACCACUGAGACACCGACUGUCUUCCCAGGGACCCCAGAGCAGCCUCGUUGUGAACCCCUAACUAUAGAGGCCUGUAAGGACAUGGGUUACAACAUCACAGCGUUCCCAAAUUACCUGGAUCAACAGACACAGGCGGAGGCGGAGUAUUACGUCAGUGUUUUGUCAGCGGUUCAUUCUAUCUACAGAUGCCACGACUCCUUGAUGACAUUUGGCUGCGCUGCACUGGCGCCAUCUUGUGUCGGUGAACAGAGGCGCCCUCCAUGUCGCAGUUUGUGUGAAGCCACGACCGCUGGGUGUCAGCAGCAGCUAGGGUUUGCCGACUUCCAGUGGAACAUCGACUGUUCCAUGUUCCCAGACUCCACGGACAGCGCGGUGUGUGUACCGCCACCGUCACAGCCACACAACCAAACUCAGUGUCGUGAAGACCAGUUUGACUGCGGAGACGGGCAGUGUGUCAGCUUGGUAGACAGGUGUGACAGCAGCAUUGACUGCAACAAUGUCGCUGAUGAGAGGAACUGCGAGGGGUUCACGUGUAUUGAGGGCCAGUUCGCCUGCCAGGACGGACAGCAGUGUAUCCCCCUGGCCUGGGCGUGUGAUGCUCCCAAUACCCCGGACUGUCGUGAUGGAUCAGACGAGUCAGGCUGCACCACAGAAUGCGACUUCCUGUGUAGAAGCGGAGAAAACGUGUACAGCACCGGCGCAUGCGUAUACAGCGACUGGGUUUGUGAUGGCGUCGCAGACUGCACAGACGGAUCUGACGAACAAACUUGCCAAAAACGCAGGCGGCGACGCGCAGUCCCAACCACCCAUAAGCCAAUCAGAAGAAUAGAUGCCAAAUAUUCCAAGAUAAACCAUAAGUGACAACGCUGACAUAGCCAGUCAAAUAAUUUGGUCAACCAAGGAUGGCAUUUAUGUCACAUGAUGAAUUACUUGAUAUUCCUGGCGCAAAAACACAAUAAGUUUACCAUUGUUGGCUAAAGUUUCAAGCAAGAAACAUUUUAUCCAGAAAUGAAACUGAAUUCACUGAUACAGAUACGACAGAAUAAUUUGAAGGACACGUGAAAUUUCUGUUGACAUGACAACAAGAUACGUUGCAAAGCUUUUUAUAACGACUACGUAAAAAUGACAAAAACAAACAAUCUCUCUUCAUAACAGUUCCCAAUAUGUAAAUAAAUUAAUUUGUAAAUAAAGAAUAUCUUCUACGUGUGUAUUUAAAGAGGUAGUUCAUAGGAAUUUAGUUUGCCUAAAACCCUGCAUUACACUAUAAGAAAAGCUUAAGCCUUACGGCUUAAAAGUUAUGUGACGUAUGUAUAUUCCUACACAUGACGGUUGGUCUGUACUCAGAAAUUGUCCAAAUUACGUCGUCUGCAUUAUUCCUACGAAAUACCUCUUUAAAAUAACUACUGCACAAAAACAUUUAGUGCUACAUUGUAUUAUUUGUAUAUAAACAGUUGACGUAUACCUUGAUGUUGAAUAGAAACAAUUAUAUUUACUUUGCAAUGUAAUCUACAUACCUGAUUUGUUUAUUGUUCAAUAUUAAAAUCUAUUUUAAGAUA